AUGAGUGCCGCGGGUGUAUUUAUCCGUAUUACCAACUUCAUUCUCCGUCUCAUUCAGUUCUGCGCCGCAGCCCUCAUCCUAGGAAUAUAUUCCUAUUUUCUCGCCGUCCUCGUCGACCAUGGCAUGGUCAUUCCACAAUGGGCCAAAGCUGUCGAGGGCCUUUCCGGGGCUGCAGCCUUGUACACGUUGCUAGCGUCAUUAUUUACCCUUUGCAUUGGCGGGAUAGCGUUUUUCGCCGCGUUGAUGCUCUUCCUUGAUGUCUGUUUCAUAGCUUCUUUCACUGCCAUCGCAAUCAUGACGCGAGAUGGCGUGGAUUCCUGUACCGGCAUUGUCCAUACUCUGCUUGGUAGCGGAGACUCAAAGAGCCUCGCAGGGCCCGGGACUGGUAAUAAUGACAAACUGACGCACUUUCCAGACUUGGGGUUUGCCUGCAGGUUACAGAAGGGAGCUUUUUCUGUGGCAAUCAUUGGAUGCCUCCUUUUCGCGCUAGGCUUAUACCCCCAAAUCCUCUACGCCCGCCACCACAAACUUGGCAAGUGGUUUGGCCCUUCACCCGGAAACAACUACACAGAGGGUCUUAGUCGCAAUAGUAAGCGAUCCUUCUGGCGUUCCCGUCGACGCAGUUCAGCACCACAUUCAGCCGACCCCGUUACAGUUCCUGCAGCAGAUGCUGCAGCCGAAGCUGGGGACGAUAAAUACGAGAAACCACCCUCACGCGGUCCGCCUGCUAGUGGUGUUACUAGGGCUAUCGGUAGUAAUACCGGCGGGGUAGGAACGGUUGGUGGCGGUGGGGUGAGCGCAGGGUUCACAAAAUAUAGAUAUGGUCAGAGCGGUGUUGCGGACGGCGGAUACUCACAUGGUUAUGGGGCUCAACCCCAGCAGGGGUAUAGGACGGCUCAGUUCCCAGAGUCUCCAAGAAACUUCUAA